CCUCGAAAAUGCUCGGACGGCAACGGCACGCGCGCGGGUUCUCUCGGUUUUGGGACAGUCCGAUGAAUUCGCGAUAGCUUCGUCCCUAAGAAUUCACGCAGGAAAUCGGGACGAUCCUGUGUUUCGGUCUCGAUAUAAAGGGCGACGCGGAAGGAAUCGAAGCCCCCAACAUGCUGAGAAUCAUCAUCAAGGUCGCGCCGCUCCUCAUCCUCUUGCUAUCGAUCUCGAUCUUGUCCUCGUCGCUCGCGGUUUCCAUGGCUGAUCGGGAGGUGGCCGUCGAAGGCGGGGAGCCGUCCAAGGCGGAGGUCCACAUCGUCUACACCGAGAAGCCCGAGGGCGACGAGCCCGAGGCCUUCCACCUCCGCACCCUCGCCACCGUCCUCGGCAGUGAAGAGGCUGCCAAGGAAUCGCUUUUGUAUGUGUAUAAGAACGCCGCCACCGGGUUCUCUGCUAAGCUUACCCCGGAGCAGGUUGCUGAGCUCUCCAACCAGCCAGGUGUUCUUCAGGUGGUUCCAAACAUGAAACUCCAGCUGCACUCGGGACCUGGGAGGCUCCACUAGAGCAGAGCGAAUGACCUUUCUAUAUCAAGCCAAACAAUGCUAAAUUUCCUGGCCGUUCUGUUUUAUGUAAAUAAGUGUGAUACAGGUCAUGCUCUAUACUACCAAUAAUCUUUGGACAUAUUACUUGCUCUCUCUCUCUCUCUCUCUCUCUCUGCGUAGUCUUGUUGUUUAUGAUGUAAUCUGCUUGGUUGGUUCCUUAAUUAGAUGACUGGUUGCUUU